AUGAACGCUGCUAACUUUACAACCUUCUCCACGGGCAUUGGGUCGCACGGCUUCGUCUUGGGCCAGAAGUAUCUGCAUGAUUACCCCAACGAGUUCUACCGGAUGCGAAGUAUGGGCUUAAUGAAGCAGCUGCCAACCAACAAAGCGGACAAAGACUUGGACAAGCCUGCCUAUGUCUUCGACGUGAAGUAUUCCAUGUCUGCCAGCAUCAUUGCAGAGACGAUGAAUCCCAAACUUGGACAGCUCACAAGGAAUGAUCCGGAAUACAAGUACAGGAUGUAUCAUGCAGCGUGCCCCUUGCUGGUUGGUUGUGUUGGUAGCCCCAUGAUCUUCACCUGGGCGGCACCCUCAGCCGUUGCCCUUAAAAAAGCGGGCCCCAAGGGACGGCUUUUGCUCGCCGUUUCCGCGGUCAUGGCGCGAGCGGUGCCCCCUUUGGCCAUUCCCCCGGCUUCGAUAGAUGAUCUCAGCGCUGCCAUAUCACCGCGAGAGGCAAUUUGUGGUGAAAUCACAUAUCGACUUGGUGGAAAUUUCUGGCCUUCGCGUGCUUCUGCAAAGCUUCAUGGGGACCUGCUUCUGAUCCACAGACGUUCCCGACAGGAAGCGGCGGUGCAACUGACGGGCGCCAGCGUGGAGAUGCAGGGCAGUUGCAGCAUCAAAAUCGAGGCCCCAGGGACCCCGGUGCUUGUGAUGCGCCUGGACAACAGCUCCGACACGGAGCGAUGGCUCAGCGAGUUGCAACAUGCCACGCAGAGAUCCCGGAGCUACCGGGAGAUGCUGAGGGAUGUGCCCUUGCUGAGCCCCCGCAGCGAAGUCGCGUCCACACCCAGCGAGACGCUCACUGCGGAGCUCCAGGGCUUGAGAAAUCGCUUGGCGCAAGAGGAAGCCACGACGCGCGAGAUGGAGAUGAAUAUGCGUGCUGCAAACCUCCGCGCCGAUGCUGCGCAGCAAUCCUUGCGCGAUGCCCGGGAACGAGCACAUGGAGUGGAGAAGGCCAUGCAGCAGGAGCAGGACAAGCGAAAGAUGGCUGAAGCUCAGCUCAAGGAGUUGCAAGCCCAUCAGCUGGCGCAAUCCGAGUCACACCAGGCGCUGCUUCAAGAGAAGACAAAACUUCAGGAGGCAGAGAAGCACAUCCAGGAGCUGCAAAACAAGCUGGCUAGCGCAAGCCUGCAAGGGAAGGCGCUCCUUGAAGAGCAACAAAAACGCCGACAAGCUGAGACUGCCAUCAAGGAAUUACAAAGCAAGCUGGAGAACGUUUCAUCGCACGAGAAGGCAACAUUGGAGGAGCAGGAGAAGUGCAAAGAGGAGAUGGAGAAGCGGAAGCAAGCAGAGGCUACAGUGCAGGAGCAGCAAGUGAAGCUGGAGUCCCACUCCAGCGAGCUGCAAGGGAAGCUAGAGCAGGUGAGCCAGCAGGAGGCUAAGAUCAAGGAGUUGCAAGACCAACUGGAAGAGCAAGUGUCCAAAUCGAAGGAGCUGCAAGACAAACUUGAAGAUCAAGCCUCGAAAGCAAAGGACCUUGAAGAUCGGAUGACAUUCAAUGAGACUUCACAGGAGACCGAUGCUGCCAGCCAGCUUCAGCUGCUUCAGACUCGCCUGACCCGGAUGGAACAGCGGCUGCAGGGGGAGGAGCAACGCCGAAAGGUGGCGGAAGAAAGUAAAGCUGGUGCAGAACGCCGCCUUGCAGAGAUGGAAUUGGUUCUGCAGAACGUCAAGAAACCUGGCGAGGUUAACCAGACCCAGACUGCUGAUGACGAGGCUUCAAAGAAGAAGCUGAAAGCCGCGGAGGAGAGGAUCCAGGUGUUGCAGGCGCGUGCUGAGCGCCUGGAAGAGCAGCUGUCUGAGCUGGCCACGGAGUCAAAAGCGCAAAUGAUUGAGUUGCACGAUCAGUGGCUUAGCAAAGAACACGCGGCCAAGGCUGCCUCAGACGCCCAACUCGAAGCGUUGCAGACCGAGCUGGCUUUCCAGCGUGCAGAAGUCACGGAGAAGGAACGAAAGGAACUUAAAGGUGCCAUAGACUCAGAGCGAGCUGCGAAAGAAGCCGUGGAAGUGAAGCUACAAGCGGCGCAAGAAGCGGAAGAAACAAAAAAGCAGGAACUUGAGACUUGCAAGGCACAGGCAGCGCAGGCAGCCAGCGACUUCAAGGAACGCAUUCAGGCCUUGGAAGCGGAACUCCGCUCUUUCACUCUGUCUGUGGAUUUGCCGUCUUCGGAGAAAACUCUGGAGCUCCAAGAGCAAAUCGAUAAGUUGGAGGGCGAAGCCGGCGACCUCCGGCGGCGCCUGGGCGCGGCGGAGCAGCGCUUCAGCGCGGAGCAGCACCGGCGCCAAACGGCGGAGGCACGGACGCAGGACAUGGAGGCACGCCUUACUGACCUGGAAGAAGUGCGCAGCAUGACACGGCUGCAGGGCCAACUGGAAGCGGCCAUGGUCAAAGCCAGUCGCGAAGCGCAAGCCAAAAACAUGGCGCAACGUCAGCUGGUGGCGGCGCUGAAGGCCGCGACGGCCGCGGGCGCCAAGAUCAAAGCGGCCGAGGCCUGGAUGAAGAAUCCAGGACCCGAUGACUCGAAGCAUACUGAGCGAAUUGCCCAUUGACCUGUGGAAUCCUGCGGAAUCCUGUGGAAUCCGAAGAGGAGUUGUGAU